AUGGACCGUAUUCCACUUGAGAUCCUCUUCAAGAUCCUCGGUCACGUCCCACUAAAUGAGUUUUCAAUUCUAUACAAGAUAUUUCCUGCCCCAGUUCUUGCCCAAGUACUGGUCAUGAAGUUACGUCGAGAGGGUCCGCCCCUCGACCUUGUAUCCACUAAUCUUCACGAGCUCCAUGCCCCGCACUCACCAACCCCCACCCACAAAAAAAACGAGUCUUUGUUAGCACUUUAUUUUGCAACGUUUGACCCUGCUCGUUCUUUGCUCUGGUUCCUGCCAAACUUUCAAUCAUCUAACUAUUACUUCAAGGUAAAGAAUUCGUAUGUGUCGCACGGAAAGCUUGUGGUUCGGCCUCAUGGGCGGGCAGCCCAACGAGAGCAUUGUCUAGGGUUACUUGGGGACAUCGGAAAGCAUGUGCCUCCUCCGCGCGCAGGUACCUUUUCAGGUGCAACCGAAACAUCCAUGCUCGCCAAGACAGUACAGGAAAUAACUCUUCACAGAGGAGAUUGUCUCGUUGAUGCAUGCCUGAUGGUUGGCUCCAAUCACAUCUCUCAACCUUUGCCUUUACCCAAGCAGGCCAUGCUUUCAACAAACUACACGCGACAGCCCUUAUCUCCAUCAUCAUUGUCGUCGUCACAAUCGGUAAACCUCAUGCCCGAUCCUACCACAUGUGGUUACUUUAUUGUUGAACGAGUAGCGCUCACACUGCCUGCCUUUUUGGCUCUGUAUGAGACCUAG